GGGCGGUUGCCCGCGGCCAUGGAGGACGCGCUGCCCGCGGGGCUGCUGGAGCUGUGCGCGCUGGUCGGCGUCCCCCGCGAGCAGGCUCGGGAGGCCAGCCAGGGUUUUCAGAAAAAAGUAAGAAGCCUACCUCCCCUUGAGCCAGAAGUUCUGUCAGUUUUUGUGCCUCCUUUUACCAGCAAAGAUGAGAGUCAAGCAACUACCACAAAUUGUAAUAACUUCAAUAAAAGUAAACGACGUUCUUUCCGGAAAAAGAAAGAUAGGCCUAAGGCUGAGAACGUGAAGGGUCUGAAUGCGGACCACAGAGUGCCAGAUACUGAAGAUAUUAGUGUUCCCAAAGAUAUUGACCUCGUUGGCUUGCCGGAGCUAUGCUUCCCAGGAGGACUGUAUAUAAGUUCUGAAUCAAAAGAGGACCACAUCCACUUCCUGGUUUUCACAGAUGUCUGUGGUAACCGAACAUAUGGUGUUGUUGCACAGUAUUAUCAACCUAUUCAAGAUGGAUGCAUUCCAGCAAAUGGGCAGGCCCACUGGGAAUCCGUGCAGACUGGUAAAACGUUUGCCUGCUUUGUGCCGUUUGCUGUGUGUGUCAUCUCCAGAUAUCCAUACUUUAAUGCUCUCAAGGACUGCCUAUCUUGCUUGCUGGUACACCUGAGACCUUUCAAGGAUUUAGAUGCUGAAGAUCAUAUAAAGGAGUUUGCAGCAAAAUUAUUUCUAAUACCCAGUCCACCACCAGGACCGCUACAUUUGAUAUUUAAUAUGAAACCACUCCAGAUAAUAAUUCCAUCACGGGAGGAUCCAGAUAGCCCAAUUAUUGAUUUGGAUCUUCAUCUUCCAUUGCUGUGUUUCAAACCAAAACAGGUGCUACAGGUUAUGACCUGCAUCCUAACCGAGCAGAGGAUUGUUUUCUUUUCCUCUGAUUGGGCCCUGCUAACUCUUGUAGCUGAAUGUUUUAUGUUGUACCUUCAUCCUCUUCAGUGGCAACACACUUUUGUACCUAUACUGUCGCAUCAAAUGCUGGACUUUGUAAUGGCUCCAACAUCUUUUCUCAUGGGAUGUCAUGUGGAUCACUUUGAAGAAGUUAGCAAGGAAGCUGAAGAUUUAAUUCUAAUAAACAUUAAUAAUGGUGAUAUUACAUCUUCAAAAUUGUCUGAGAGAGAGACUGAAAUUCCAGAUGUCCCUUUAGAAGCAGCAGAAAUUUUCAUAAAAAGGGUGGAGAGCCUUCAAUUGCAUUAUGAUCUAGAACUCUGCCACCUAACCUCCGGUAUAAACCUCAGUGAGCUACAAAUGCGUAAAAGGGCUUGGCAGCAAAAGCUGAAUACUGAAAUUCAGCAGAUCACUCUGCAGUUAAUUUUUAACAUCUUCAGGGAGGUAAAAGACCAUCUAAAUUAUGAACACAGAGUGUUCAAUAGUGAAGAGUUUCUGAAAACAAGAGCCCCAGGGGAUCAGCCAUUUUACAAAAAGGUGUUGGAGACAUACAUGUUUCACUCUUUUCUUAAAGCACGUCUAAACAGAAGGAUGGAUGCCUUUGCUCGGCUUGAGUUGAGUACUGAGACUGAAGAAGAUAGAUUAAAUUUGAUGCUUGAUAGCCCAAGAAGACCAACUAUGGAGAAAAUGACUUCAAAACGAUUUAAUCCUCACUACAUGAUUAGUAGGCGUAUGGUAAUCAGCAUGCCCAAUCUGCAAGAUAUCAAGUCCCAGGAUAACCCUAUUAAGAAUUCCUCACUUCGAAGAGCAGAGACAGAGCGAGCCAGGAAGUUCUCACCUAAAUCAGUUAGUAUGUUCAGGAUCCCAGAAGUUCAUUUCCCUUUGGUGAGCCAGUGCGUCCACUCCUACUACACAGACUUUAUCAACCACCUCAGCCGAACUAUAAGCAACUUGCCACCAGAUAAUUCAGCAUUGCUUGCAAGGUACUUCUAUCUUCGGGGGCUCAUUAGUUUGACAGAAGGAAAACUACUGAAUGCACUUUCAGACUUCCAGAAUCUCUACAAAACAGACAUAAGGAUCUUCCCUACUGAUCUUGUGAGGAAAAUGAUAGAAACCUUGCCGCCUUCUGAACGUUCCCAAGCAGAUCGCAAACCAGAGCUGAAGAGGUUGAUCAGUCAAGUGAUGGAAAAACAAAGAGAAAUGACCAAAGUAGAUGACCAUGUGAAAAACUUUGAAUUGCCAAAAACACACAUGCAACUGGAUGAUUUUGUGAAGCGAAUCCAGGAAUCGGGGAUUGUCAAAGAUAUUGAAACAAUACAUCGGCUAUUUGAUGCCUUAACAGUAGGACACCAGAAGCAAAUUGAUCCUGAAACCUUUAGAGAUUUCUACAACUACUGGAAAGAAACAGAAGCAGAGGUUCAAGAAGUUAAUUUACCACCCGCUGUAAUAGAGUACUUAGAUAAAAAUGAAUGUGUGUACAAGUUAUCCUGCUCAGUUAAAACUAACUACGGUGUUGGAAAAAUCGCCAUGACCCAGAAGCGAUUGUUCCUUUUGACUGAAGGAGGACGGCCUGGCUAUGUAGAGAUCUCCACUUUCCGGGAUAUAGAGGAAGUGAAGAGUACUACUGUAGCUUUCCUUGUUCUGAGAAUACCCACUUUGAGAAUUAAAACAGUAUCCAAAAAGGACAUCUUUGAAGCUAACCUUAAAACAGAGUGUGAUCUGUGGCAUCUAAUGGUGAAAGAAAUGUGGGCCGGGAAAAAAAUGUCAGAUGAUCACAAGGAUCCUCAUUAUAUUCAUCAAGCGCUGACUAAUGUCCUCCUGAUGGAUGCUGUAGUUGGUGCACUGCAGUCCUCCAAAACAAUUUAUGCUGCCUCCAAGCUAGCUUAUUUUGACAAGAUGAAGAAUGAAGUGCCCAUGAUGAUCCCCAAAACUACAUCUGAGACUCUAAAGCACAAGAUCAAUCCUUCGGUUGGUGAGACUUUUCCACAAGCAGUAAAUGUCUUGCUUUAUACACCAGGACAUCUUGACCCAGCAGAAAAACCUGGAGAUACCUUUCCAAAAUUAUGGUGUGCUUUAAAUGAGGGGAAGGUAGUUGUGUUUGAUGCAUCUACCUGGUCUAUCCAGCAGCACUGUUUUAAAGUGGGCAGUUCUAAACUGACUUGUAUGGUAAUGGUAGAACAGAGCCAAGUAUGGAUUGGUUCUCAAGACUCCAUUAUUUACAUAAUCAACACACACAGUAUGUCUUGCAAUAAGCAACUAAAUGACCACCGUUCUGAUGUGAUGGACAUCGUUGUAGAGCAGAGGAACAGUAUACCCAGCCAAGCGUAUUCAUGCAGUUUAGAUGGGACGGUGAUUGCUUGGAACAUCAGCACUUUGAAAGUAAACGAUAUAUUUCAGCUGCCCUGCCAAAACCUCACUUCUAUCAAACUCCAUAAUGACUGGCUGUGGUGCUGUGCGAGGAGCUGCAUACUGGCUGUGUCAACAAAUGGGUUUCAACAGGAAAUGAAAAUUGAACAGAACCUGAAGGAUAUGUGUUCACCUUUCCUCUGCUUCCAGCUGUUUCUCGAGAGAGAUGAGGUCUGGACAUCGUGUUUUGGGAGCAGUGACCUGUGUGUUUGGAAUAUAACAAAUCUCUCAAGCAAACCUCAAAAGAUUAAUCUUCUGGAUUGCUCUGAGGUCACCUGCAUGAUAAAAGUGAAAAAUCAGCUCUGGAUUGGCAGCAGAGGACUAUCCCAGGGCAAAAUCAAAGGAAAGAUCUACGUGGUAGACGUUGAAAGGAAAAAGGUGGAGAAGGAGUUGGUGGGCCAUGCGGACACGGUGAAGGCCCUGUGCUCUGCUGAGAACAGAUACAUCCUCAGCGGCUCUGGGAAGGAAGAAGGGAAGAUCGCUAUUUGGAAAGUUGAAUAGUUUCACUUCCCACAUGUACAGUUUUAUAAAUUCCCCUUUUGGAAAACUUUGAUAGUUUGGGUUUUGUUUACUCCAGCUUCACUCCUUGGUUCUUAACCGUCCAUCAGUGUUAUUUCUAUUGUAGUUUAGUUAUUUGAGCGGUUACUACACCACUAUGGUAAACCGAACCCCAAGUGAAUUUCUGUUUGCAGCUUGCCUAGGUCAGCCUUGACCUGCCGACAGAAUAAAAAGUGGAAAACAGAAGAGAAGUUACUGGCUUUUAGACGUCAGUAUGCAUUUUGCAUUCUAUAUAUAUUAUUUAACAUUAACAUUUUGGGCCAAAUUCUUUGCUUAUGUAAACUGACUUCAGCCAGGAAAUAAUAGGUCCAGUAAUUCCAUUUCAGGUUGUUCUCAAUAGGGAGAUAAAAUUGUACAAAAAAACACUGCUCUUAAUGAUAUUUUGUCUACUGGACAGCUUGUAACAGUGGGACCUAUUUAUUUGAAAAAGAAACGUAAAUUUAAUGUAGUGACUGUAACUAGCCAUUCCUGCCAUCUGCUUAUCGAUGGUGCUGUAUUAUUGAACGUGCACAUGUAGACAUAGAUUUCUGUACUAGCACUUAGGAGUGGCAAGAUAUUUGGAUAUUUUCAAGUACCUGUUUACUUUUGCACUUCUUGGAGGAAGGCAAUUUUAGGAAUACUUGAGAGCUCUUUGGCAUGCUUAGGAUGAAACUGCCACUUCAGUUCCUUAUUUGAAAUAUUUAAUUUAGUAUAUUUAAAUGUCAGUAUCACACGUGCCUGCUGUUAGGAGCAGUGCUUUUGUUACUAUGCAAAAAAGUGACUUGCUCCACACGAUCCCACACCACCCCCUUAGUGAGACGGGCUGCGGUUGCUCAUUGCAGAACAUGUCUAACAAGGAGUUCACAUUUGAUUCUUGAAUCGGUCACAAGACUACUUAACAGAUGAUACAAAAUUGUUACUGAAAGUAAAUGCCGUUGUAUUGUCAGACAGUAAAUGCCGUUGUUUCCUUGUCUGGAGUUCCCCAGGAACGAAGUUUCCUAAUCAUUUCCUUUCAAGAAGUUAUGGUAAUCCUGAGGUUAAACAUUAUGAAUAGAAGAUACUAAUGUUGAUAGAUGUCAGAAAUAGGCAGAUCUGAGUUGAGAAACCAUAUUUGUAUGCAGAGUGGUUGUAUACAUCUCUGUAGAAAUAUGCAAUACUAUGAAAUACUGUAAAUAGAUGAAGAAAAUCAGCUGCUAUUUUUGUAACAAAUAUAAAAUUAUAGCACUGUAGGCUUGAUGGAAGUACUGUAUACAGGACUCCGGAUGAUAGAGCCUAUGUAACUAUUUUAAGUCUUUUUUUUUUUUUUAUUCGCCUGAAAAAAGGGAUUGUCACUUUAUAAUAGCUGAAACUGUGCCUUUUCUGGAAAAAUAAGAAUA